UUGAACAAGGAGGUGGGUGCCAGGGUUCUGCCACACACAUCUUGAUUCCUGCGGCCACCUGCAUUUUUCUGGAGAUAGCAAGCACCGAGCAAGGAAAGAGCAUGUGGCUGGGCCCUGGUCUGCUCCUUCUCUGCCUGAGAGGCUGCUUCUCUCUGACGGGCCCUGGCUCAGUGUCUGGCUACGUGGGAGGCUCUCUCCAUGUGCAGUGUCAAUAUGGAGAGUCAUACAAGGACCACGUGAAAUACUGGUGUCGAGGACCGCACGACACGGAAUGCGAAACUCUUGUGGAAAUCCAAGGAAACGGGGAGGAAAAGAAGAAUGGCCGAGUGUCCAUCAGAGACCAUGCUGAGAACUUCACCGUGACGGUGACCAUGGAGGACCUCAGCCUAGAUGAUGCUGGAUCUUACUGGUGCAAGAUUCAGACUUUCUUUAUCUGGGAUUCAUGGUCACGUGACCCCGCGGUCCUUGUAAAGGUACAUGUUUUCCCAGCCCCAACUACCGUGGAGACCACACUCCCAGCUACAACUCCCAUCCUCCCACUAGCGAAUGCUGAACACCUGAGGGUUAACUUCAUUGAGGUGUUCCUCCUCCAAGUAUGGUCCCUGCUCAGCAGCAUCCACUUCCAGGUCCUGGUCUUCCUGAAGCUACCACUGCUUCUGAGCAUGCUCUGUGCUGUCUUCUGGGUGAACAGGCUUCAGAAGAUCCAUGAAGGGAAUUUAGAAUGAGCUACCCAAGAGCUAUGUAGCGAAGCAUCCCAGGAAUUACCUGGGAGGGACUCGGCCCUGCAGACAUGACAAGGCACACACCAUACUCUGAAUUGACUCUGCAUGGAGGCAGCAGUACUUGGAUUCUGGAUUUCACCAUUCCCAUAUUUCAAGGGAGGAUCUUGAUUAUCUGUGAGUCUCAGGUAUCAGACUCCUGUGGAGUCCUCAGCAUUAAAGAGGAAACGAGGCUGGCA